UCCUGCUGCAGGAAAUGAGACUUGAACAAGGCAGAAAUAUGGUGCCGAAGAAGGUAUUCCCACUGCUCUUGGUCUCUUUGGGCCUAGCUCUGGCGGACUUGGAGGAAAGAGACAGCAGCUCCCCGACGCUAGCCAAGCGCUAUUCAGAAGGCACCUUUAUCGAUGAUUACAGCCGGGCCCUCAGCAGCCUUCAAGAGAAGAAGUUUGUGGACUGGUUGCUGAAGCAGAAGGAACGAAAGAAAGACUCCAGCCGCAACGAAUCAGCCCGAGACCUGGAAACCAAGCAGGAUGCACAGAGCAGCGGACUUAGCGGGACCCCCAAGAACAUACAGAGGUCUCUGCCGAUGCCAGACGUGGAGGUGCUGAUUGCCAGGUGGACUAACGAGCUGCUGGAACUGCUGGUCAACUACAGCCUCCUCAGGACCUAGCGCAGGAUUUCGGACCCCAGAGGCUGGUUGCUGAGAAGCUGACAGAAGGCCUCGUUCUGGGCUUCUCAAGAGUAGGCUCCUGCUACCCUGCUUCCUUUCUGAUAAUACAA